AUGGAUUCUUGGAACUUCCAAAAAUUCAAAACCAUGAAACAUCUAUUCUUGCUACUAUUGUGUGUCUUGUUAGUUAAGUCCCAAGAAGUCUCUGACUACGAUGAGAUUGGUUCCCCGCAUUCUGGAGCAGAUGCUCGUGGUCAUCGACCCAUUGACAGAACGAGGGAAGAGGCUCCCAGUCUGAGGCCUGCUCCACCUCCCAUCAGUGGAGGUGGCUAUAAGGCUCGUCCAGCCAAAGCAGCAGCCGGACAAAAAAAAGUAGAAAGAAAAGCCCCUGAUGCUGGAGGCUGUCUUCAUGCUGACCCAGACCUGGGAGUGUUGUGUCCUACAGGAUGUGAGUUGCAAGAUACCUUGUUAAAACAGGAAAGACCAAUCCAAAGAGAUGUUGAUGACUUAAACAUCCAGGUGGAGUCUAUUUCCCAGAGUUCCUCUACCACCUAUCAGUAUGUGACUCUGCUAAAAGACAUGUGGAAAAAGAGGCAGAAGCAAGUAAAAGAUAAUGAAAAUGUACUAAAUGAGUACUCCUCAGAGCUGGAAAAGCACCAAUUAUAUAUAGAUGAGACUGUGAAUAGUAAUAUCCCAACUAACCUUCGUGUGCUCCGUUCAAUCCUGGAAAACCUGAGAAGUAAAAUACAAAAAUUAGAAUCUGAUGUCUCAGCUCAAAUGGAAUACUGCCGCACCCCAUGCACUGUCAGCUGCAAUAUUCCUGUGGUGUCUGGCAAAGAAUGUGAGGAAAUUAUCAGGAAAGGAGGUGAAACAUCUGAAAUGUACAUCAUUCAGCCUGACAGUUCCAUCAAACCAUAUAAAGUAUACUGUGAUAUGAACACAGAAAGUGGAGGAUGGACAGUAAUUCAGAACCGUCAAGACGGUAGUGUUGACUUUGGCAGGAAAUGGGACCCAUAUAAACAAGGAUUUGGAAAUAUUGCAACCAAUGAAGAUGAGAAAAAAUACUGUGGCCUACCAGGUGAGUAUUGGCUUGGAAAUGAUAAAAUUAGCCAGCUUACCAAGAUGGGGCCCACAGAACUUUUGAUUGAAAUGGAGGACUGGAAAGGAGAUAAGGUACGGGCUCACUAUGGAGGAUUCACUGUACAGAAUGAAGCCAACAAAUACCAAGUCUCAGUGAGCAAGUAUAAAGGAACAGCUGGCAAUGCCCUCAUGGACGGAGCUUCUCAGCUGGUAGGAGAAAACAGAACGAUGACCAUUCACAAUGGCAUGUUCUUCAGCACGUAUGACAGAGACAAUGAUGGCUGGUUAAUUGCAGAUACCAGAAAACAGUGUUCUAAAGAGGACGGUGGUGGAUGGUGGUAUAAUAGAUGUCAUGCAGCAAAUCCAAAUGGCAGAUACUACUGGGGUGGACAGUACACUUGGGACAUGGCAAAGCAUGGCACGGAUGAUGGCAUAGUAUGGAUGAAUUGGAAAGGGUCAUGGUACUCAAUGAAGAAGAUGUCUAUGAAGAUCAGGCCCUACUUCCCACAGCAAUAG